CAACUACGUUGAUUGAUAUUAUCUGUUACAAAUUGUAUUAUUUAUUUAGAUUUUGACUUUUGUUAAAAUAGAAUUCAAUGAGCAGGUGCAUAGGGAUAACUACUUAAUUUACAAAUUUCUGUUCUAACUUGAUUCUAAUAUGGAUUAAAAUCGUGUCGUUAGUAACUCGCCAUCUUAUAAUCGAAAUGUAAGGAGGAGGUUUCAUUUCAGUUUUCUUUCGAUACAGCAUUGGUGUAUACCAGUGCCCUACAUUCUUGUACUUUAGCUCAAAUGGAAGAAAGUUGUGUUCUCGUAUCGUUCCUCUUUAAAGGCGUGACUUAAUGUUUCAUUUGUAAUGGAAUGUGUUCCGACUUUAUGCCGGAUUUGCAUUAAUUAAAAACUCUUGUUAUGUAUACUAUAGUUGAGAUUGUUCUAAGCGUGGGAGUGAUAAUUACUCUCAUCACCGCUCUUUCAGCAUGCGUUUGUGGAUGCAAGAAUUCCAAUCAAAAAAGUGAGUUGGUUGGUACCGCAGGUGUGGUCAAAAUCCACAUAGAUGAGGAGGUACCGUCUCCAACGCCAACCACUCCGGCUUCCAUCAAGCGAGCAUCUACACAGAACUCUCAGCGCAGCUUGCCGGAAAUCCCGCACCCUGUGGGCAGACACGACAGUGGUGAUACGGCUUCAGAAAUAUACGCCACUGUUAAUUUAGAUGAAGGAAGUAAGCCCGCCCCGACAGCAUCCACCAGCAGAGACCAUCCGUACGAACACGCGUAUGCAAAACUGCAGAAUGAGAACCACAAUAUCACGGUGGAUAUUACGCCGGAUCAAGAGUCUGAAAGAGAAAUACAGAUAGACGAGCGAGAAGCGUCCCAGCCUGGCCCAGAAUCGGUAGUGAUAUCGGCGUCGGUAGCAAUCAGCGGACAGUUACCGUCUAGUCAGGAGCUGCCCUACAUCACUCCGCCGUCGCCGCGCCCCCCGCCCCCCGCACUGCCGCCCGCGCUGCCCCUCGCCCCGCCCCCCGCAGACAACACGCUGCACUUUAGCGGAGACUCCACAGACUCCGCCAAGGGCUACACAAGUAUCUCAGUGCGGGAGCCGCUCAGCAACAUCCGUGCGCAGGGAGUGAAGCACUCCGCGCAGCCGCACUACGCCACCGUCUCUGAUGACUCCGACGAGAUGUACGCGGCGAUAGAGGAGGCCAGCGUGGGCGAGGGCGAAGGCUCCGACACGUACGCGCAGAUCGCGCCCGAGCCGCGCCGCCGCGACCCCGCACCCGCUGCCCCCGCCCCCGCCGCCGCCGCAGCACCCGGCCCCGCCACCGCCCCAGCCGCACCCCCGCUGUCUGAACUCGCCACUAGAAGGAGUGCCCCUCCGGAAAUUGGUGCAUCAACAUCACAAGCGACGCACUCCAGACAAGCAUCUUCGUCGUCGUGUUCCAACUCUACUGGCGCGCUCGGCUCGCCCAAGCCGGAGAAACGCGUCGCCAACUCCCCCCUGCCGCCCCCACCACUCACCACACACGCUGCACACGCAGCACACGGAACACACGUAGCACACGUAGCACAUGUUACACACGGAACACAUGCCCCGCUGACGCAGUCGCAACGACACAAUCGCAUAUCUAGUACAGGAGACCUCCACUUCAAUCACGAUAAGCUCCGAAGGAGCCUCAACGAGAAACACCAACGCAACAACAGCUGCGUCAGCUCCUCGGACUUCUACGGCUGCAACUACCCCGUGGAGAAGCACAGGUUCAGCUCCGGAGACCUCGUGCGGCCCCUCGUCGCCACGGAACUACAUUUCGACAUCGACCACCAGCCGCCGCCCGCCGACAACCUCUACAACUCCAUCGACGGCCCCGCACCCAGCGACUACUCCUCCGCAGACGCCAACAUCAGCAUCGACUCCGACCACCGCGUCACCGAGAGCCCCUCGCGCAACCUCGACGAUAUGUACGCUAAAGUCAACAAGAAAGGAAAAACGAAGCCCGAAGAUACAUCAAAAAAACUUAACGAAUUCUCCAAAGAAACCGAAACCGCCCUCAAAUUCCGCGGCGACGAUCCGGGGUACGAAACUAUAGACCGCAAGAAAUCAAACAACCACGGUUACGAAACUAUCACGCACAAGGAACGCAAUAACUCACAAAACCAGGACCCCGGAUACGAGACUGUUAAAGAUGUCAACAAAACCCUUUCUACAUUCACCAACAACAAUCUGCUAAAGCUGAAUCAUUUAAACGAUAGCGGACCUAAUAGCAUUAUAAGCAGUGACCCUGGAUACGAACACAUCACGAAGCCUGACAACAGCGCCUCAGACUCCGACCCUAAUUACGAAGUCCUAAGGAACCAGCCUCCCACACCGCCGUACGCCACCAUCGCACCGGACUACAAGGUGCAGCCGACAUACUCCACAGUGCACAAGAGAACAGGCAAAUACAAUAAUUGGCCUGCGAACAAUAACGACGAGGGAGCGCAAGAACCCAACUACGAAUCCAUGUCGAAUGACCCCUUCUAUACCACCGGCAGCGAGUCCGACCCCAACUAUGAAUCCGUUCGACCUAAAGAUCCAAACUACGAGAGCGUUAACGCUCAGGACCCAAAUUAUGAAUCUUUACGGUGUAAAGACCCUAAAUAUGAAUCGGUGCGAUCGAAAGACUCAAAGUACGAUUCUGUGAGGUCCAAAAAGGAUCCAAACUACGAAAGUGUCAAGUAUUUUGAAUUAUCGCAGAAGGAACCGCCGUAUGAGAAAGUGAAUAAUGACGCCGGCACGAAUUCCGUGGAGAGAUCGGACUCAGCGGCUGGAUAUGAGAAGAUCAACGUGCCCGCAAACAGGGACCCUAAAAACAGUAUUAACAGCGGUGCCGACGGCAUCGUCAGCGACUACUUCCAAGUUUAAGUCCUGAUUUAUUUAUUUCAGUGUUAUUUAUGAAAAAGUAGUCAAUUUAAUUUAUGAUAUUAUUUUGUAAGAUAUCCGAAGAGUUGGUCGGAGAUUUUAAAACGGUUGCUUUAGCACACCCAUAAAGUAAAAUUUUAAAUUGUUUACCCAAAAGAAUGAACUACAGCACGGCCUAAGAAAACUGCAAAUAAUUUUAUUAAAAUAUGGUAAGCAUUUUAUAGGUCAGUUCAAUUUUUAGCAGUUAAUUUGCAGCAUCCGACCUGACUCAAGAGCCUAUUUUACAUUUAGUAAGACCCACGCCCGGCACUUUAAGUUUGCGUGCUUAAUUUAUUUAUUUUAUCAGGUAAAUUUUCGUUAAAUAAUACCAAGGAGAGAGAUAUAACUUUCUCAGGUAGCUGUGAUAUAAAUAUUAAAUACAGACCUUAUUUUUAUAAAUAUAAGUUUAUUUUUAGUGCGAGCAUUAUAAAUAUUUGUGGAAUUUUAUUUUCGCGUUUGUAAUUAACUUAUUUGUUAUUUGUAAUCUCCGUUUAUGACCUGUACAUGUCACUUUUAAAAUUAUUUUAAUACUGGUUGUAUGAACUUUAACGUGUAUAUACUCUUGUAGUGUAGAUGUACAAUGUAAACAUAGCGGAACAUAUUUUUAAUGAUAUUAUACCGGAAUAUACCGCAGGGGACACUGAAUAACAUAAUUCUAAGAAUUAUUUGUUUUUAUAAAUAAUUACAAUUAAGGCGUUAACAAAUACACAUAUAAAUCAUGCAUUUAAGCAUCAUGUUUCAAAUUCCAAUUUAAAAAAUAACAAUACAAGACUGACAUCAAACUAUUUGCUGCAUUUAUUCCCAAAAAAUGUCUGUUUUUUGAUAUGCGGAAAAUAUGCUUCAGUUUUCAUAGCAUUUUUUUUUAUCAAUAUUUGUAUAUUUAAUGUGUAUUUAUUAACGUCUUUGUAACUCUUAAACAAUUUGAAACUAGUUUUCUAAAUGUAAGACUGCAUGGUGUUCCCUAAUGAGUUAGGUUUACCUGAACAUACUGAGCUUUUUUAUUCAUUAAUAGUCGUAAUGUACGAUGUUCUAAUUUUGUCAUAAAACUAUCGACGAGACUAUCAUAAUCUAAGGCUACUUAUUGUUGCUUUUUAAUAUUUUAUUUGUUAUGUAAUCGCUUAAGCGUUAUUUUCUAUUGGAAAAGUUGCUGUAUCGCCACGUUUUGUACUGUGUAUUUGGCCUUAAAUUACAAUCAGUAUUUUUUGUUAAUUUUAAAUUUGUACAAUGUUGUACGAUGCCACUGGCGCAAUAUUUUGAAAUUUACAUGUAUUUCUUAUUUAUAUGCAAAAACUUAUAGACACUAAGUGCCCACUGAGAUCUAGAUUUUUUUUAAUAUUGAAAUUUCCAUCAUCAUCCACUUGCCCUUAUCCCUUACAGAGGGUCGGCACAGUAUGU